AUGGCUCAGUAGCUGAAGUUGAGAAAAAGAUUAUAGAAGCUUUUGAAGUGUUUGACCAUGAAGGCAGUAAAACUGUGGAUGUCAGAGAGAUUGGUGCAAUUGUCAGGUCACUGGGUUGCUUCCCAACUGAGGCAGAACUACAUGAGCUUCUUUCAAAGGUAGAAGAAGAAGAACCAACCGGAUACAUUCAUCUGGAAAAAUUUCUUCCAGUGAUGACAACAGUACUACUCGACAGAAGCUUCAGGCCUAUUCCAGAAGAUGUUCUUCUACAUGCAUUUGAGGCUUUGGAUGAGAAGAAAUGUGGAUAUAUUACCAAAGAGGAGCUGGUCAGAUAUUUGACUGAAGAAGGUGAACCCUUUACUGAAGAAGAAAUGGAGGACAUGCUCUCCAUGGCUCUAGAUCCAGAAACAAAUAAUGUUCACUACAGAGAGUACAUUUCAAAGAUGAUAGUAGAUGAAAGUUAA